UAUCCUGGCGCCCAGUGCGCAUGCUUGCUAUUCCCGGGUUCCCUUUACUUGCAACCGUGGCGGACCUGCCGUCGCCUGGUCGGCUAUUCUCCGAGGAGCUCCGUCCUCCUUCGGCGGUCCGGCGGUCCUCGGCGAUCCGCCGCCAACGCCGUGCUCCCGGCCGACGCGUCUGGCGAGCACACCCUCGUCGCGAAACCGCGGAGGGCAAGAGGAGGAUGGCCACCUCUGGCGUGGAGAAGAGCAAAAAGAAGACCGAGAAGAAGCUUGCAGCUCGGGAAGAAGCCAAGCUGCUCGCGGGUUUCAUGGGUGUCAUGAACAACAUGAGAAAGCAGAGAACAUUGUGUGACGUGAUCCUCAUGGUCCAGGAGAGGAAGAUACCCGCGCACCGUGUGGUCCUUGCUGCAGCGAGUCACUUCUUUAACCUGAUGUUCACAAUUCUAAAAGCGGUGUCUUCUGUUUUUCUUUUCUCUCUGUGUUUAGGUAUAAGUGUGCUUGCUGAGUGUCUGGACUGUCCUGAACUGAAAGCAACAGCAGAUGACUUUAUUCAUCAGCAUUUUACUGAAGUUUACAAAACUGAUGAAUUUCUACAACUUGAUGUCAAGCGAGUAACUCAGCUUCUCAGCCAGGACACUCUGACCGUGAGAGCAGAGGAUCAGGUUUAUGAUGCUGCAGUGAGGUGGCUGAAAUAUGAUGAGCCUAAUCGCCAGCCAUUUAUGGUUGAUAUCCUGGCUAAAGUCAGAUUUCCUCUUAUAUCGAAGAAUUUCCUAAGUAAAACCGUACAAGCUGAACCACUUAUUCAAGACAAUCCGGAAUGCCUUAAAAUGGUGAUAAGUGGAAUGAGGUACCAUCUGCUGUCUCCUGAGGAUCGAGAAGAACUCGCAGGUGGCACACGGCCUAGAAGAAAGAAGCAUGAUUACCGCAUAGCUCUGUUUGGAGGCUCCCAACCACAGUCUUGUAGAUAUUUUAACCCAAAGGAUUACAGCUGGACAGACAUUCGCUGCCCCUUUGAAAAACGAAGAGAUGCAGCAUGUGUGUUUUGGGACAAUGUUGUAUACAUUUUGGGUGGUUCUCAGCUUUUCCCCAUAAAGCGAAUGGAUUGCUACAAUGUUGUGAAGGAUAGCUGGUAUUCCAAACUGGGCCCUCCAACACCUCGAGACAGCCUUGCUGCCUGUGCUGCAGAAGGCAAAAUUUAUACAUCUGGAGGUUCCGAAGUAGGAAACUCAGCUCUGUAUUUAUUUGAGUGCUAUGAUACAAGAACUGAAAGUUGGCACACGAAGCCCAGCAUGCUGACUCAGCGCUGCAGCCACGGCAUGGUGGAGGCUAAUGGCCUCAUCUAUGUGUGUGGUGGAAGCUUAGGAAACAAUGUUUCUGGGAGAGUGCUUAGUUCCUGUGAAGUAUAUGACCCUGCUACAGAAACAUGGACUGAACUGUGUUCAAUGAUUGAGCCCAGGAAGAAUCAUGGACUGGUGUUUGUAAAGGACAAGAUAUUUGCUGUCGGUGGCCAGAAUGGUUUAGGUGGUCUGGACAAUGUGGAAUAUUACGAUAUUAAAUCAAAUGAAUGGAAGAUGGUGUCACCGAUGCCGUGGAGAGGUGUAACAGUGAAAUGUGCAGCAGUUGGCUCGAUCAUCUAUGUGCUGGCAGGUUUUCAAGGUGUAGGUAGAUUAGGACACAUCCUGGAGUAUAAUACUGAGACAGACAAAUGGAUUGCCAAUUCCAAAGUCCGGGCUUUCCCAGUCACAAGUUGUCUGAUUUGUGUUGUUGAUACUUGUGGAGCAAAUGAGGAGACCCUUGAGACCUGAGUGAUGAGUAGACUCCGCACUCAUCCGAGACAGAAAUCUGGCCACCCAUGCUUUGUUCCAGUAGUUUGGUUAUGAAGUUCUGGUCUGAUAUUUUGAUAAGUAAGAUUCCAAUAAAAUAAGUUUAUUUUAUUUGGAUUUCCUUACUUAAUUCAAAGACCAUAUUUUAGCUGGCCAUAUAACCAAGAACCUACCAGCCAGAAAACUUGAAAAGUUUUGAAUUUCAAUAUGAAUUCAAAUAUGAAUUUCAAAUAUAUAACUGAUUCUGGCAGAGGGGGGCAUGCUCACCAGAGAAGUGGCCCAAGCUUAGCUUUAGACUCUAUUUUCAUAUUGUGUAAGUGCUGUGUAGUUAGGUCUGUUUGUUUGUUUGGUCGAGAACUAAGUGGUAGUAUGGAUUAUAAUUACCGAGAAGGUAACUGUAGUAUUAUGUAUUUUGCUUGUCUUCAUUUAUCUCAUUUAGUGCCAAACUAUUCCAUUUUAAAGUAAGCAAGAGCAGCUCAAGGCAUACAUAUUUUCUCACAAAACUUCACAGAUUUGGAGAUUGAACACCAUACCCAAUUAUUCAUGAAAUAUAUUCAGUGGAAUAAAUGAAUUAUUUCAUAUUUUCAUGUAAAAUAUUAAGCUUAGCACGCAUCAUUAAUUUAUAUGGUUUUACUCAGCAAUGUAAAAAGUGCUCUGUACCCUCAGUCCUUACUGUGAGAGCCAAUCAGAAUAAGCGUGGUUAACCUGCAACAGAAGAAAAGCUGUUUAAGAUAUUCUAGAUCACUAGAAAAGUAUUGAAAACUGUAGCCCAGUAUUGUGUGGAUUUUAAAAGAUACUGUUUUUUCUUUCUCCUAAUCUCUCUAAAAGUUUUAUAAUUGGCAUUAAAUAUAUGUCACUGUUUAUUGCUUUUAUGUGGACAACAAAUUACCAAACCACUUAUUAAUUUUUUUCCCAGUGUUUUACCCUUUGACUGUGUAUGAAAUGUGCCAUGUAAAACUGUCAAUCAUCAAUGUUUUUAUCUGAUAUUAAAUAUUUUUAACUUAAAA